AUGAAUGAACAUUGUUAUAUAGUAGUAGCUCUGGCGCAUCUUUUUUCCUUCGUUUUUUCUUCUUUAUUUUUUUUAUUUUUCUUCAUCUUCCUCUUCUUUUUCUUCUUUUUUUUCUUCCAUUUUUAUCUUCUUUUAAUAUAUUUAUUUAUUUAGUUCUCGACCUAUUAGUUAGCCCUUUUUUGCAUUUUUGUCUAUUUUCUUUCUUUUUUAAUAUUCUUUUUUAUUCUUUAUAAAUAAAAGAAGGGAGAGUGGACACUCGGCUGCCCCCAAUAUUUUUAUUUACAAUAAAAUAAAAGAAAAA